GGGCGCUCGGCAGCUGGGAGCCGGGUGCCCGCCCUCUCCCCGCCGUGGGGCGGAGUCGCCACGCUUGGGGUCCGUUCCCCUCCUCCCAGGCUCCCGCCCCGUCCCCGCCGGGUGGGUUGCGGGACGCGGCGCCUUGAGGCCGGGCGGCGGGUCCGGCGGCCGUCGGAAGCUGCCCGCCGAGGGGCUGACGAGGGCCGCGGGCGCGGGGCUCCGGCGGCCGCUGAUGGGAGGCGGCCUCCGGGAGAGCAAGCGACGGCGCCGCAGCCACCAUGGGGAACAAGCAGACCAUCUUCACCGAAGAGCAGCUGGACAACUACCAGGACUGCACCUUCUUCAAUAAGAAGGACAUCCUCAAGCUCCACGCGCGCUUCUAUGAGCUGGCUCCCAACAUCGUCCCGAUGGACUACAGGAAGAGCCCCAUCGUCCACGUGCCCAUGAGCGUCAUCAUCCAGAUGCCGGAGCUCCGGGAGAAUCCCUUCAAGGAAAGGAUUGUGGAGUCUUUUUCUGAGGAUGGCGACGGGAACCUCACCUUCAACGACUUUGUCGACAUGUUUUCUGUGCUCUGUGAGUCAGCUCCCCGCGACCUCAAGGCAAACUACGCCUUCAAGAUCUACGACUUCAACACCGACAACUUCAUCUGCAAGGAGGACCUGGAGCUGACGCUGGCCCGGCUCACCAAGUCGGAGCUGGACGAGGACGAGGUGGUGCUCGUGUGCGACAAGGUCAUUGAGGAGGCCGAUCUGGACGGCGAUGGCAAGCUGGGCUUCUCCGACUUCGAGGACAUGAUCGCCAAGGCCCCCGACUUCCUCAGGUGCCCUCCCAAGGGUCUGGCAUGGGCAGGGCAGGCCUGAAUGGGGGCCGCAGCCAGGAGACCCCUUGGGGCUGAGGCACUGUCACUGCUCCCGAGAGCAGUGGUCCCGGCAGGCUCUGUGUGGGCCGGGAGGCAGGUCACGUUCCAGGCCGAGCUGCCCUCAGUGUGUGACUGGGAAGUCCUCUGUCCCCAGCAGGUCCAGUCUCUGGUGAAGGAUAGAGACUGGGGGCCCUUUGGUUAUGUCGGGGGUUGGAUGCCCUGGGCACAGCUGGUCCUCCAGGCCUUCCUUCCCUCUGCACCCUCCUGGAGGAACUGUCCAGGGUUGGGUGCAGGGCCUGGUUGGCUUUCUGCUGGGGACGUUUACCCACCCAGUCCAGAGCCUCUCAGCCCCUCUUGCUCUUUCUCUUUCCAGCACUUUCCACGUCCGGAUCUGAGGACAGUGCCGAGGUUACAGGGGCCAGAAGCCGACCAUCCAGCUCUGCUGCCUAAACGAGUGUGACCUCCAGGCUCCUCAGGAGAGGAGCUGUGGCCUCUGGGGUUUCCACCCACGCACAUGUCCUUGGCCCUUUUAGCAAAAAAUCCUUAACCAGGGAAGGGGGGAUGUGAGGGGCAGGGCCUUUCCCAGUCCCCCUGUGGUCCCUCCACAGGUCUUCCUUCUAUCCCCCCCAACCUUCCCCACACCCUGGUCCUCUCCCCAUCAGAAAUGGCCCUACUGGGAGGGGAAGACAGAACCCCUAAUAGGGCAGGGGUGCUGACUUGUCCAAGUGCUGGGCAGGCACCCUGGUUGCCCAGGGCAAAGUGAAAAAAAAAGGACAAGGUUUAACGAGCUAUGCAAUCUUUCUCCAAAACCCACAGCUGGGCUGCACCCGACCCCGCCUGUUCCUUCUCCCCUGACCCUUCCCAAUGUGAAGCUGUGUGAACAGUGGGUCCAAGGGCUCUGUCCCUGUCUCUGUCCAGGACCUGAACACCACCCCAUCUGCCUUCCCCAGUGAUGUGGAAUCCUCACUGGUGUGUGCUGUCCACAGAUUUGUGAACUCCUCGUACAGUAAAACACUUUCA